GUUGUUUUUGUGUCACAUAGGUCAAAUAUUAAUUUAUUUAGCUGUUUGAACGAAAUAUAUCUAGGUUAAAAAAAUAAAACGUUGCUGGUUGGUCCUUCGCUGGAAACUUUCUGGAUGUGGUAAAAAAAAAUCAGGCGCAGCGUUCUUCAUCACUUUACUCUCUGUGCACUAUGUUGUGACUGUACCUGCCCUCGACGUUAACAUGUGCCCCUCCAUGAUGCUCCCCACUGCGUAAAAACUGUCAUUUUUCAUCAAAUGCCUCCAAAAGCAAUGGAUGCAUGGAUGUUCACUGAACUGCUCAUAUUCCAUGAUGAUAUUCAUGAAGCAGUGAACACAAAAGCUGCAGUGUGCCCAGCACAGGUACUGUAUCAACAGGGCCCCUUGACCUUACAGGUCGUGUCUCCUUGCAGCGCAUGUUAUAUAACUAGACUUUAUACCGUAAGAAUGAAUCACCUCGCUUUACUUAUUUUCCAUUGACUCAAUAUUUUUUCCCUUGAAGCUUCAAAAUUACUGUUGUGAUAUUUAACGGCUAGACAGUGAGAAACGCAUCAGUUCACAUUUAUAUUUUCUCUCAGUCUUACAUAAAUAUACUGUAUCACUCAGUCAAUGAUUUGUAAGUACAUACACACAUUUUACAUUUUAACCAAACGCUACGGUUUGAGGUGUCUGUCCUGCAGUUAACCUGUGAAGUUGUCCUGAGUUGUAAUCGCUGUUAUCUCGGUAACAGCUGCUAAUGAGUAGUGGAGUAUGCACAGCAGGAUGUUUUCCGCUUGUGUAUGCAAAGUACCAACGUAGGGAGGCAAAUAUGUUAACUCAUCACAUACAGAGAAACAUGUAGGUGUGUGAUUGGAAAUACAGUGUAACAUUAAGGUGCAAUUUGAUAAUUAGCAUUAACAACAAUUUAACCCAGUACUACUUUAUAAUAGUUGCCUUUGCAUCUGUUCCUUUUGAAAUGCAUUCAAUUAGGUAUGCAUGAAUAAAUUCAACAGUUGGGAGUACAGUUAUUUUUCAGGGGGAAAAAAGGACAGCGUGUUCUGACGGAGGUCAUCCACUCGUGUAUCUGUCAACAUGUAUCGAUUACAUCAGGUUUAUCAGUAACUUUUUAUACUCGGUAGAAUACAAACAAGAAGUGAUUGGCUGUUGGGAAGAGGGUGGGAUGGCACAGUGGUUCUGAUGGUAUGUGAAUGUGGGUUUUCAAUGUGUGGUUUGUUGUAAUAUGGUUUCCUGAUGAAAUUGUUCCUGUAUUCAACCGUCGCUACAGUUGGUUUGUACGGUGUAAUGGAAUAGAAUUGUAGACACAGUUCAUCAAGAAGUCUUUGGACCUUUACGGGUCGGGAUCUUAUUUUCAUAAUUUUUCUCUUCAGACCCUGACAUAAAAGUUAUCCCCCCUCUCAGCUCCUGCUUCAGGCGGCUCCUCCGGGCAUGCUCCUUAAGCCAAAGUAUGACCGCUUUCGCAACGAGUCUGUGACCUCCUCCGACGACCUGAUGCAGAGCUUAGCCAUGAGCGGCAAAGUUGUGGCCACACCGGUAGUCCGCUCCUCCACCCCGAGCCUUCCUCUGCCUCCCCUGCCCACUCUGGACCCCAGUGCCAGGACGUCCUCCUCUGCCGGGGCCACAGCCCUGGCUGACUCACCUUGCCUGGAUGGGGAACAGGAUGCCACCACGACCUUCUGCAUGCUCAUCCCUAAGAUGCCCCAGUGGAAGUUCUCCAACUCCCUGCUCAGCCGGAGCCCGUCCAACUCCAGCUCCAGCUCCAGCUCUAGCAAGGACUCGGGCAAGGCAGCAGCUUCUUCCCAGGCCUCCGUCUCCCCUUCUUCAACAUCGCACAGGCCCAGUGGUGCAAGCUCAGCCUCUGGCCCAGUGGCAAGUCUUGCAGCAGUGCUUAACUCUUGUGACCCUGUGUGUGUCACCCCCUGUUCCCUUCAGGCCAUCCGGGGGCAGAGAGCAGUCACAGCAGCAAACACUGCCAGUCAAGGGGGGCACGGAUUUGGGGCUAUAGAGGCCACGGCGAGUCCCAGUGUUUCCAGCAGCUCCAGGUCAGGGAUGAACCGCAGGACAAGGGUGGAAGGCAUGUGGCUAGGGGGAGAAGACUUCAACCAGAAGGGCAGCUUCAUCCAUAAACCCUCCCAGGGCUGGCUGCACCCUGACAAGAAGAUUGCAGGACCAGGAGCCUCUUACAUUGUCAGGUACAUGGGCUGCAUUGAAGUGUUGAAGUCAAUGCGCUCCCUGGACUUCAACACACGAACACAGGUGACGAGGGAAGCCAUCAACAGGCUCUGUGAAGCUGUGCCAGGAGGAAGGGGGCCUUGGAGGAAAAAGGCCCUGAACAAAGCUCUCCAGACCGUUAUGGGGAAGAGUAACCUGCGAUUUGCAGGCAUGAGCAUCGCACUCAAUAUUUCCAUAGAAGGCCUUGGUCUGCUCAUCCCUACCACAAGACAGGUGAUAGCACAUCAUCCCAUGCAGUCCAUCUCAUUUGCCUCUGGGGGAGACACAGAUACACCUGAUUAUGUAGCGUAUGUGGCCAAAGACCCAGUGAAUCAGAGAGCAUGUCAUAUCCUGGAGUGCGCUGACGGUUUAGCCCAGGGUGUCAUCAGCACCAUCGGCCAGGCCUUCGAGCUGCAGUUCAAACAAUACCUGCACAGUCCUCCCAAAACUAUGACGUCUGUAGAGAGGUCUGUCAGGCCAGAGGAGCCGAUGUGGGGGGAGGAUGAGGACUCAUCUGAGCACGAUUACUACAACAGCAUCCCGGGGAAGGAGCCUCCUGUGGGGGGUGUAGUGGAUUCCAGGCUCAGGUCCAAUGGAGCUCUGCUGGGUCACAUCCACGUCCAGCCACAGAGCAAGGCAGCAGUGCAGAUGGGCUCACCAGCCAGGAGGGAGCAAGCAUCUUACCCCCCUGGUCAGCUUUGUUAUGAGCUUCACUGGGACACUGAGACCAACGGCAGCUCAGGUCUGACAUCAGAUGGUUACCUGUGUGCUGAUGGCCAACCACCUGGCAGCAGAGACGUCGAGGAGCAUCAGUAUGUUAACACCCAGACUCUGGAAAACCUGGAUUUUCUGGCACAGGGUCCCAGUGGACAGAGAGGGGGCAGGGCACCCGACAGUCCCAAGAAAGAUCUCUUUGACAUGAGGCCCUUUGAGGAUGCCCUGAAGCUCCACGAGGCCAGCGGUGGAGCUGUUGGCUCAACCGUAGCUGAAGGUGCUCAGGCUGGGGGCGUUCGGAUCUUGGAGGACCAAUGGCCGAGCCCUCCCCGCCGCCGAGCCCCUGUGGCCCCAAACGAGGACCAACUCCGCAGGGAGGCCUGGUACCACAGCCGAAUGAGCCGACGGGACGCGGAGAAACUCCUCGUCCGAGACGGAGAUUUCCUCGUCCGGGAGAGCACGACCAACCCGGGACAGUAUGUGCUAACAGGCAUGCACUGUGGCCUGCCCAAACACCUGCUGCUGGUGGACCCUGAGGGAGUGGUCCGGACCAAAGACAUGUUAUUUGAGAGCAUAAGCCACCUUAUCUCAUACCACCUGAGGAACGAGGUGCCUAUCGUAGCAGCAGAGAGUGAGCUCCACCUCAAACAGGUGGUCAGGAGGAAACAGUGAGCCACCUGCCCCUUAAUGGGACGCUGAAUUUUUGUGAGCCCAUACAAAACAAUUCCGAAAAAAACUCUGUAACAGGAACCCGGAUGGAUAUUCAUCCGGGACAAAGGAUGUCAAUAUCUUUCCAUGAACAACUCUACCAAGGAGAGAAAGUCCUCUGACUCUGGUCUGAGUCACCUUGUACUUUCUCGGAUCAACCAAAUUAUCCAUCGUCUGUCAUAAACUCCUCAGCAUGCAGCUAUUAAGCUAUCAAAUCGAUCAGAAUCCCCAGUUUGACUCAACCUGGAGCUGGAUAAUUAAACAGUCAGCCAAUUGUGACUGUUCAGAGAGGACCCAACUUCAGGAAAUGGAAUAAGGAUUUUGAUGCACAGUGAAGAAACAGUGAGAGUGAAGUGCUUCCGGUCGACCACGGCUCCCCCGACCAGUCAGUCACAGAACAAGACUGUCACGUUAAGAACCAAACCGCCAGAACAAAACUGUUACUGACUAUUUGGUGCAGGUAUAAAAAAACAAAGGAUGUCAGGUUCUGUAUUCAGUGUGUCGUCCGUACUGCAAGAGACAAUUUGACAAACGUCUGUUUCAUUGCACUGUAAAGUUUGUUUUUGCGGUUAUGUGUCCGCAGUACCUGACUCUGAGAUGGCACAAUGGAAAUACACAGAACAUGAUUCACUGCUGGGAUUAUAAAAUAGCCCGACAUUCUCCUGUCUUUUUUUCCCCCAUAAUAAUCUCAGCAUCAACUCCCUUUUUCUUUUAAAAUCAUGCAGUCAUACUAUAUCUUCAUGUAACACAGCCAUACAUUGUCUGGAAACAGGACGUUUGAACACAUUAACCAUGGCUAUCAGUUGUUUGUGUUGUGUAAGUAAUGGGUGCUCAUACCUUGAUAAAGACAUAUUGUAUGUGUUGUAUUGGAGAACUAUUGUUCAUACUGUACUCUAAGGACAGAUGAAUACUACGUCCUGGGUCAAGAACACGUACUGCGCAUACAGACUCAGUAUAACCAUGCCUGUAUUUCCCACGCCCCUCCAAUCUUCAGUGCCUUAAUAACUACAGAGACGGGCAUUUGUGUCAGAAUGUGUAUACGAUGUGCAUUUACUGUAUGCUCCUAUUGCAAAAGACUAGUUUUCUUGCCAUGCCAAUGAAUGACUGGAUGAACUUCAGGACGAUUAAGCUCUUAUACUUGUGAACAGUAAUCUAAGCUGCUCUUGUUUUGGGGGUGAAUAAUGUUUAAAACUGUCUUAUCGUGGUCAUGUUUGUCGUUGUCUUUAAUUGUGUCCCUCAGAACAAUUUCCUAGAUUAAUAUUUUUAACUUCUUUUGAAGCAAGCUGCAGAUAGUACUCCCUCAUAUGCGAUUGACAUUAAAAACAGUGGAUUUGGACUUGAAAUUAAGUCCUUUUAUUUGUCCCGACUCAGGGAAAUACAUCAGUUUAUUAAUUGUCUUCAUUCUGCGUCUGUGUCUGUACAGCUGGCUUGUCUUAUUUCUGUUAAUUUGGUUUUACUGCCAGAAAACUUCCUACCAUAGUUUUGCAAAUCUUAUACUUUUUAAUCUUACAUGUGGUGGGUCAGAUGUAUUUAUUUUUUUGCAUCUCUUUCUGUGUCUCAUGCAACAUAUCUUUAACCAGGCCCUCCAUUGUUGUUAGUUGGAGCCUCAUGAAUGCACAGAGAGAUGAGGUGAGCUGCAGAUGCUUCUGGUGAGGUCCAAAUGAUUCAUGUAACUCUGUCAGAUGUCCCCCUUUUUGUGUUCUCAGGAAUUUUUGGGGAUUAUUUUUUAGUUCUUUGGUUAACUUAAUUGGCUUUUUGGUCAGUAAAAUUAAUUAAAGAGUUAAUUAAAGAUUAAUUAAAGAAAUGA